UGUGACUAUUUAGAUUAUAUAUACAAUGAGGGUACAAGCAAACUAUACAUAUAUGCAGCGGGGAGGGAAUUUAUCGACGGAUACGCAAUUGACAUCUUGGAUUCUUCACAGGACUAUAGUUCCGGCAGCUCUGUUCCUACAUCUACCUUCUUGUCCCGGCCUGGUAGCUGGUGUAGCUCGACGGUUUGGAGUAUUUCGGCUUCGCCGGGGCAGGUGGCGGUGGAGGAGGCGGCUUCGGAGUAGAUUGCUGUAA